GAGAGACAGAGCGAAAUAGAGUGACAGGGGCAGAUUGGGCGGACAGACACGGAUUGAUAGACAUCUCAGCUCUCUUUAACUCCCAACUCCCACACAAACCACCUCCUCCUGCCAUCGUGUCGACAUCCGAUCCGAUCGUCCGGAGCUCGUCCACACACAACGGUGUUGUCCUGUGUACAGUCCCUUUCAGUUGUCCUGUAGUCUGGUGUUGUUCAAAAGCUUCAGGAUGAUGAGCCAGAUGAUGCCGAGCCAGAUGCAUAUGUCGGUAGAGUAUAGCAACGGCUACAUGAUACAGACGCAGGAGCCGUCGAAUAAUGACUACACCAUCCAGGAAGAUGAAUGGGACAGAGACCUGCUCCUAGACCCGGCCUGGGAGAAACAACAGAGAAAGACCUUUACGGCUUGGUGCAACUCCCACCUGAGGAAGACUGGGACUGGGAUUGAGAAUAUCGAAGAGGACUUCAGGAAUGGCCUGAAACUCAUGCUUCUUCUCGAAGUCAUUUCUGGUGAGAGACUUCCCAAACCAGACAGAGGAAAGAUGCGCUUUCACAAGAUUGCCAAUGUCAACAAAGCUCUGGAGUACAUCACCAGCAAGGGAGUGAAGCUGGUCUCAAUUGGAGCUGAAGAGAUCGUGGACGGCAACAUCAAGAUGACCCUGGGAAUGAUCUGGACCAUCAUCCUGCGCUUCGCCAUCCAGGACAUCUCCGUGGAAGAAACAUCCGCCAAGGAAGGUCUUCUUCUAUGGUGCCAGCGAAAGACGGCCCCCUACAGAAAUGUCAAUGUCCAGAACUUCCAUGUCAGCUGGAAGGACGGUUUGGCACUGUGUGCCUUGAUACACAGACAUCGUCCUGACCUCAUCGACUACGCCAAGCUCAACAAGGACGACCCUAUGGGUAAUCUGAAUCUGGCGUUUGAAGUGGCGGAGAAACACCUGGACAUUCCCAAGAUGUUGGAUGCUGAAGACAUCAUCAACACUCCCAAGCCUGAUGAGAGAGCUAUCAUGACCUAUGUUUCCUGCUUCUAUCAUGCUUUUGCUGGAGCAGAGCAGGCCGAGACGGCAGCCAACCGCAUCUGCAAGGUGCUGGGAGUCAACCAGGAGAAUGAGAGACUCAUGGAGGAAUACGAGAAGCUGGCCAGCGAGCUCCUGGAGUGGAUCCGCCAAAUGACCCCCUGGCUGGAGGACAAGUCGCCGGAGACGAGCCUGGCUGCCAUGCGCGGCAAACUGGAGGACUUCAGAGACUAUAGGAGGCUGCACAAGCCCCCCAGGGUGCAGGAGAAGUGUCAGCUGGAGAUCAACUUCAACACCCUGCAGACCAAGCUGCGGAUCAGCAACCGGCCCGCCUUCAUGCCCUCAGAGGGACGCAUGGUGUCGGACAUCACCAGUGCUUGGACAGGACUGGAGCAGGCAGAGAAAGGUUAUGAGGAGUGGUUGCUGAGUGAGAUUAGAAGGCUUGAGCGUCUGGACCACCUUGCACAGAAGUUCCAGAUGAAGGCCACCAGCCACGAGGCCUGGUCUGUAGGGAAAGACAGGGUACUCAGCAGUAAGGACUAUGAGUCAUGCUCUCUGCCGGAGCUGAGGGCUUUACUGAGAAAACACGAGGCCUUUGAGAGUGACCUGGCUGCCCACCAGGACAGAGUGGAGCAGGUAGCAGCCAUCGCACAGGAGCUGAAUGAGCUGGAAUAUCAUGCUGCCUCAGUCAUCAACGAGCGUUGUCAGGCCAUCUGUGACCAGUGGGAUCAGCUGGGGACCCUGACUCAGAAGAGGAGGGACAACCUGGAGAGGAUGGACAAGCUUCUGGAGACCAUUGACCAGCUGUUUCUGGAGUUCUCCAGGAGGUCCGCUCCCUUCAACAACUGGAUGGAAGGAGCCAUGGAGGAUCUGCAGGACAUGUUCAUCGUUCACUCUGUGGAGGAGAUCCAGAGUCUGAUCUCGGCCCACAACGAGUUCAAGGCCACGCUCCCGGAAGCAGACUGUGAGCGUCAGGCCAUCCUGAGCGCCUUCACAGAGGUCCAGAAGAUCGCCCAGAGCUACGGCAUCUCCAGGAACAUCCCCAACCCCUACAGUGACAUCACCCCAGCUGAGAUAGGACUCCAGUGGGAAAAGGUGAAGAAGAUGGUUCCCCAGAGAGACAGUGUUCUCCAGGAGGAGAUGUCCAGACAGCUCGCAAACGAACAGCUGAGACGCCAGUUUGCUGCCCAGGUCAACAUCAUCGCCCCAUGGAUUCAGACCCGGAUGGAGGAGAUCGGACGUAAUUCAGCUGACAUUGGAGGUCCUCUGGAAGACCAGAUGAGUCAGUUGAAGCAGCUGGAACAGGUCAUCACCAACUACAAGUCCAACAUCGACAAGCUGGAGGAACACCAUCAACACAUCCAGGAGUGCCUCAUCUUCGACAACAAGCACACCAAUUACACCAUGGAGCAUAUCCGUGUGGGCUGGGAGAUGAUUCUCACCACAAUCGCCAGAACCAUGAACGAGAUCGAGACCCAGAUCCUUACACGUGACGCCAAGGGCAUCAGCCAACAGCAGAUGAACGAGUUCCGCCAGUCCUUCACCCACUUUGACAGGGACAGGUCUGGCAGACUGCCCUAUGAGGAGGUUAAUGCUUGCCUGAUUUGUCCGGCUCGCGUCAGACUUAACAAGCAGCCACCGUCCUCUCCUCAUCAUCACUUCUAACCAUGCUUUGGAUGGACUCUUCCAUUCUCUUCCCAUUGACUCUGGAUGGACUCUUCCAUUCUCUUCCCAUUGACUCUGAAUGGACUCUUCCAUUCUCUUCCCAUUGACUCUGGAUGGACUCUUCUAUUCUCUUCCCAUUGACUCUGGAUGGACUCUUCUAUUCUCUUCCCAUUGACUCGGAAUGGACUCUUCUAUUCUCUUCCCAUUGACUCUGGAUGGACUCUUCUAUUCUCUUCCCAUUGACUCUGGAUGGACUCUUCCAUUUUCCUCCAAUUGGCUCUGGUGGACUCUUGCAUUCUCUUCCCAUUGACUCUGGAUGGACUCUUCCAUUUUCCUCCAAUUGGCUCUGGUGGACUCUUCUAUUCGCUUCCCAUUGACUCUGAAUGGACUUUUCCAUUCUCUUCCCAUUGACUCUGAAUGGACUCUUCCAUUCACUUCCCAUUGACUCUGAAUGGACUCUUCUAUUCUCUUCCCAUUGACUCUGAAUGGACUCUUCAAUUCUCUUCCCAUUGACUCUGGUGGACUCUUCCAUUUUCCUCCCAUUGACUCUGGUGGACUCUUCCAUUUUGCUCCUAUCCCUCCUAUAUGCUCAACCUUCCCCCCAUCUCCUGUACUAUUUCUCUUUCUCCACCUCUCCAUCUCCUUCUCCUCGAUUUCGUUCUGUGCCUUUUCUUCCUCCUCUACAUCCUCUUCUGCCUCCUCCUUCUCCAACUCCUCUUCUGCC